AUCCACGCAUAAGUUAGACGGUUGGACUAGUCUGUGCUGGAGGUGAGAGGUGGCGUGGCGUCGUGCCUUUUCUUCGAAUUCCACGCGUUUCGCAAACGCAUGCUGAUGUGUUACAGUAUUUCCCCGCUAUCUCCUCCCGUUCGAGCUUCCUACCCUCGCGAAUCCCCCAUGAUGGCCGCUUGCGCGUCGAGACAUUGGAGACUACCUCGCACGCUGCGUGGUAGCCACGCCAAGCGUCGGAAGUCGUCUCUCUCCGGCCUGCCGUGGAUCAAGCCACGAUCACCACGCGCUCUACUUUCCACCGGUCUAGCCUCAACCUGUGCAAUAAAUUCCUCGAAAAAGAGCAAUGCGUUCAGACACUCCUAGGCUCACUACCUCGAUCUCUCCGUCACUCCUUCUACCCAUUCAGCGCUCACUCUGCAUUUAUCAACACGACGCUUCCAGAUAGUACCCACACUUAUUACUCCCGCAUUCCAUCAUCCACCCAACCGCACCUUCAUCCCAGCUUAAAUCGCAGCUAACCUCGCCCUAACUAACGCCGCUCAUUCCACACUCCUCACGAGCGGCUCCUGCCCGAACCGGACCAGACCGAACCGCGGGCGCAGCAAUGGCGGAGGCAGUAGCCCUGGCACUGACUGGGCUCUCCUCGCUGAUGCUCGGGCUCGCCAUGGGGUCUCGCGAAGGGCUUCAGGCGCGAGUGGACCGCCUCUUAGCCACGCUCCCCGAAUCCGACCCGGACCAGCCGCAAGACGCUGCCAGCGCCGCCAGAGGACUCCCGGACCUCACAGGAUUGGGACUCGGGGCGAGCCUGCGAGACGUGAAGCUGAAGCAUCGGUUCUCGCUGAGGCAGCUGAGAAAGGCGACGGGCAAGUGGGCGGAGGAGAGGCUGAUCGGCAGCGGCGCGGCCGCGGAUGUGUACAGGGGCGUGAGCGCGCGCGGCGGGGAGGAGUGGGCUGUGAAGCGCGCCAAGCAGCCGUCGAGGCAGUUUGAGAAGGAGGUGCGGGCGAUGGCGGCCGUGGCGGGGACGGCGGGUGUGAGCCACCACCCGAACCUACUGCCGCUGCUGGGGUUCUGCUCUGUGGCUGACGUGUUUAGGAACUGCCGCUACGAGCAGAUCCUGGUGUUUGAGUUCAUGCCCAAUGGCGGCCUCGACAAGUGGGAUUGGCGAAGACGCCCCUCGUGCCCUGAGCAUGAGCGAGCGCAUGGGCAUACUGAUGGGGGCGGGAGUGGGGCUGGAGUACCUGCACUCCAUUGACAUGGUUCACGGCAACGUCAAGCCCGCCAACAUCCUGCUGGACGCCACCAUGCAGGCCAAGGUCGCCCACAUGGCACCCGCAGGGUUGCCUCGGGGUCGUCGGGUUAUGUGGACCCGGGUUACGUAACAUCACAGAAUGCUACCCCUCCAGUUGAUGUGUACAGUUUCGGCGUGGUGAUUCUGGAGGUAAUUACGGGCAAGAAAGCACCGGCCGAGGCGGCGGUGGCGGAGAACGGUGAGGGAAAGAGUCCGAGUCAGAGAUGUGGGAGUCCCAACCUGCAGCUGUGGGUGGCAGAGCUUCUGGAGUCCGUGGACCACCCCUCACACCUCAUCGUUUCGAUGGCACAGCUUGCCCAAUCCUGCACCGGCGAGUGCACCGCUGCUCGCCCCACCAUGAAGCAGGUUCUUGCAGAAAUGCAGGUCAUCAAAGACCGGCACCUGCCCGCUGUUACAAACUAGGGUAGAGGCACGGAAAAUUGAUUUUUGAGUCUAGACUGUGUAGUGGCACAGACAGCACUAGGUGUCAACUUAUACAUAUUAUCUAUGUAGAAGUUAUAGGCUAGACUGAGGUAUGCUUCUAGUGAGUACAACCAACUAGUAUUUGUUCCUCGGUUUCCCCCUGGACUCGAUCCUGAUUGUGUACUCUCUAUUAUAUAUGCUUUUCAGACUGGCCUUGUGGCCUUUCCUCCAGUGGCUGGACUAGUAGUGCCACCCUGGCUUGCUUCAGUUUUGGUUGUAUUCUUGCUGACUGGUCUCCAGACCC